UUAUUCGCUUAUAGGAUUAUUUUAAAUUGGAUUCGCCAUGUUCUAAUUUUGCUAAAUGUAAAGUUACUCUUGUACCGAUAAAAUUUCCAGAGGUGGUAAAUGUCAAAAGUCUUACAACACCACAAACUUGAGGAAGCAUCUCGAGAAUAAUCAUAAAGAUGCACUUGAACUUCUAUUAACUAAAGAAAAAAGAAAAAAAAUGGAAAAAGAUCAAAUUAAAAUAAAAUCUAAAUUUAACCAAAAAACUUUGCCAGGUCUGUUAAAUAAGCAGACAAUAUGGGACAUUGAUGACCCAAGAUCCAAAGCGAUAUCGAUGCAUAUAAACCAUAUGAUAGCCGUAGAUAAUCAGCCGUUUUCUAUUGUAGAGGAUAUUGGCUUUAAUCGACUAUUGAAUCAUCUAUGUGGAAACUACAAAAUUCCAUCUAGAAAAUAUUUUUCGGAAAAAUUAACCAACGAAAUAUAUCAAGAUAUAUUUAAUAAAAUUAAAUGUCAAUUAGAUAGGGAAAAAAUUCCCUUUAGUUUUACAAGUGAUAUAUGGUCUAGAUGUUCUGGGUCGGAUUCACAUAUUAGCUUGACUUGUCAUCUGAUUAAUGAAAAUUUUGAACCAAUUGCAAGAUUACUUCAUGUUGCAACUUUCAAUGAUUCACACACUGGACAAAAUAUUGCCGAUAUUAUGAACAAAAUGUUGACCAGUUGGAAUACCAGUAAAUGUAAAAUUCAUGCUAUUGUACGUGAUAAUGCGCCAAAUAUAAAAUCUGCUUGCAAUUUAGGUAAUUAAAUUAUAUAUAUAUUUACAAACCUUAUUUAGGGAAUUAUUCAUCUGUUUCAUGUUUUGCCCACUCCCUACAAUUAGUAGUAAAAGAAGGAGUUUUUACACAGAGAGCUAUUAUUGAUAUGUUAUCUCGAGCAAGAAAGGUUAUUGGUCAUUUUAAUCAUUCAUCUAUUGCUAACAAUAGACUCAAAAUUAUCCAAAAGCAAUUAAAUUUACCUACCCACAAACUUAUUCAAGAUGUUGACACAAGGUGGGAUUCGACCUUUUAUAUGCUAGAAAGACUCCUGGAGCAAAAAAAGCCUUACUUAUUUAUUGUAAUGAUUUUACCCUCGAUAUGUUAACUCCAAAUGAGUGGUGUUUAGCAAAAAAGGUAAAUCUGGCUCUAUUACCAAUUCAACGCAUCACUAAAGAAAUUAGUGGAGAAAAAGCAUCUAUUAGCAUAGUAAUUCCAUUUGUAGAAUUACUUAAAAAGGAGCUUACUAGUCAUGGUGAGUAUGAUAAAGGUGUCCAAACUAUGAAGGAUGCUAUGAAUAAAGAUCUUACCAAACGUUUUUCCUCUAUUUAUAAUGAUAAAAUAUACUUUAUAGCAACAAUUUUGGAUCCACGAUUUAAAACCAUCUUUUUUUCAAUUCAAUCUAUAUCUAACUUUUAUAGACAAAAACUACUUCUAGUAUGCUUUGACAGUAAUCCUGGUGAGAUAAUUAAUUCAUCCAGCCUAGAAAAGGAUAAUCAAAAUAUGGAGAUAAAAGAAAUUCCAUCAACAUCAGCAAUGGAUUCAACUGGCAUAUUUAAUUUGUGGGGAUCUUAUGCUGAUGUGGUUAAAGAUAACGAGAAAUCUAAUAACAUUACCGGUGUAAAUUGUCCUUAUUCCCUUGAGAUUGAAAACUAUAUCAAUGAACCAGUUUUCAAAGCACUAAAUGAUAAUACCCCUGCGGAUCCAUUGAAAUAUUGGGCUGUGAUUGCCAAAAAUAUCCAACCCUAUCUAAACUUACUCGUCAAUAUCUAGCAACACCUGCCACAAGUAUCUCAUCUGAAUCUGUUUUUAGUGAAGCUGGUGAUAUUGACAGUCCCCAUCGCCGCAGACUGACCUCAGAUAAAUUAGAAAUUUUGGUAUUUCUAAAAAUAAAUCUUAGAUAUAUUAAUUUUAAAUAUUAAUAUCAUAAUAUAUGUGUUUAUUACUUAUUUUAUUUUGUAAAUAGAUUAAUGUUAUUACUUUUUAUAUAUAUGUGAUUUAUCAAUAAAAAUAUUUUAUAUACUUA